AUGGAGCCCACGUUCAAAAUUGCCAAGAACCUCUUUGGUCUUAAAGUAAAGAAGAAGAAGAAAAAGAAGAAGAAGUCUGACUUGGUCCUGAUGAACCCAGGAGCUCGGGAUACUGAAACAGAAGGUCACUCUGAGGAAUGUCAGGAUGAAGAAGACCUGGAUGAUCCCUGCUCUGCCAGAAGAAAACAGAGACAAAACCAUAAAAGAUCCAAUCUAAACACUCGUAUUCAGGCGUGUGAUGGAAAACCAGAGCGUUUUAGGGUUUCCAUUAACAUCACAGAAGCUCGUCAGCUCGUCGGGGACAACAUCGACCCGAGUGUCGUGAUCGAGAUCGGAGACGAGAAGAAGCAGACGUCAGUGAAAGAGAGCACCAACGCUCCCUUCUACAACGAGGAACUCUCUCCCCCCUCCCUCUGGAACUCUCUCCCCCUCACCUCAGGAACUCUCUCCCCCUCCCCCUGGAACUCUCACCUCAGGAACUCUCCCCCCCUCCCCACUCUGGAACUCCCCCCCUCCUCUGAACUCUCCCCCACUCGACCCCCCCUCCCCUCUAACCUCUCCCCUCACCUCAGGAACUCUCUCCCCCCUCACCUCUGGAACCUCUCCCCCCUCACCCCUCAGGAACUCUCUCCCCCCUCACCUCAGGAACUCUCUCCCCUCCCCCUCUCCCCCUCAGGAACUCUCUCCCCCCUCACCUCGGAACUCUCUCCCCCUCACCUCGGAACUCUCUCCCCCCCUCACCUCAGGAACUCUCCCCCUCCUCUCUCUCCCCCCUCACCUCAGGAACUCUCUCCCCCCUCACCUCUGGAACACUCUCCCCCCUCACCUCAGGAACUCUCUCCCCCCUCCCCUCGGAACUCUCUCCCCCCUCACCUCAGGAACUCUCUCCCCCCUCACCUCAGGAACUCUCUCCCCCCUCACCUCAGGAACUCUCUCCCCCCUCACCUCAGGAACUCUCUCCCCCCUCACCUCUGGAACACUCUCUCUCCCCCUCACCUCAGGAACUCUCUCCCCCUCCCUCGGAACUCUCUCCCCCCUCACCUCGGAACUCUCUCCCCCUCACCUCUGGAACUCUCUCCCCCCUCACCUCAGGAACUCUCCUCCUCCUCUCUCCCCCUCACCUCGGAACUCUCCCCUCACCUCGAACUCUCUCCCCAGAACUCUCACCUCUGGAACUCUCUCCCCCUCUCCCUCAGGAACUCUCUCCCCCCUCCCUCUGGAACUCUCUCCCCCCUCACCUCAGGAACUCUCUCCCCCUCCCCCCCCUCACCUCAGGAACUCUCUCCCCCCUCACCUCAGGAACUCUCUCCCCCCUCACCUCAGGAACUCUCUCCCCCCUCACCUCAGGAACUCUCUCCCCCCUCACCUCAGGAACUCUCUCCCCCCUCACCUCAGGAACUCUCUCCCCCCUCACCUCUGGAACUCUCUCCCCCUCACCUCAGGAACUCUCUCCCCCCUCACCUCAGGAACUCUCUCCCCCCUCACCUCAGGAACUCUCUCCCCCCUCACCUCAGGAACUCUCUCCCCCCUCACCUCUGGAACUCUCUCCCCCCUCACCUCAGGAACUCUCUCCCCCCUCACCUCAGGAACUCUCUCCCCCCUCACCUCAGGAACUCUCUCCCCCCUCACCUCUGGAACACUCUCCCCCCUCACCUCAGGAACUCUCUCCCCCCUCCCCUCUGGAACUCUCUCCCCCCUCACCUCAGGAACUCUCUCCCCCCUCACCUCUGGAACUCUCUCUCCCCUCACCUCAGGAACUCUCUCCCCCCUCACCUCUGGAACACUCUCCCCCCUCACCUCAGGAACUCUCUCCCCCCUCCCCUCUGGAACUCUCUCCCCCCUCACCUCAGGAACUCUCUCCCCCCUCACCUCAGGAACACUCUCCCCCCUCACCUCAGGAACUCUCUCCCCCCUCACCUCAGGAACUCUCUCCCCCCUCACCUCUGGAACUCUCUCCCCCCUCACCUCAGGAACUCUCUCCCCCCUCACCUCUGGAACACUCUCCCCCCUCACCUCAGGAACUCUCUCCCCCCUCCCCUCUGGAACUCUCUCCCCCCUCACCUCAGGAACUAUCUCCCCCCUCCCCUCUGGAACUCUCUCCCCCCUCACCUCAGGAACUCUCUCCCCCCUCACCUCUGGAACUCUCUCCCCCUCACCUCAGGAACUCUCUCCCCCCUCACCUCAGGAACUCUCUCCCCCCUCACCUCAGGAACUCUCUCCCCCCUCACCUCAGGAACUCUCUCCCCCCUCACCUCAGGAACUCUCUCCCCCCUCACCUCUGGAACUCUCUCCCCCUCAUCUCUGGAACUUGGACUCACUAAACUCCUUCAAAAAAUAGCUAAAAACUCACCUCUUCCUCCAAACAUCCGACUCUUUCCUGCUUUUAGAUUUUUAAUUUUGUGUUAUUUUGUUUUUGACAUCUUUGCCCAUAAAGAAGUCUUCCUUGAUAAAGUGAUCAAACUCUCUGUCAUUCACUCGAAGAUGCUGCGCAGUUCCUUCAUCGGUUCUUUUAAACUGGACGUCUGGACCGUCUACAAACAACCAGGUCAUCAGUUCCUCAACCGCUGGGCACAACUGACCGACCCCAAAGACAUCAACACCGGAGUGAAGGGUUUUGUGAAAUGUGACAUCAGCGUCUCAGAAAAAGGCGACGUCAUGGAACCAGUUCUUAAAACCAGCGACGUGGAGGAGCAGAUCGACAAAAACCUGUUGUUACCUGAAGGAUAUCCCUCUGAGCGUCCGUGGGCUCAGUUUUUUGUGAAGAUUUAUAAAGCCGAAGGUCUGCCUCGAAAUAGUUCCACCAUCAUGGCCAACGUCACCAAGGCCUUGAUCGGAGACAGCGCGGCUCUCAUUGACCCCUUUGUGCAGGUCCGCUUCUUCAAACAAGUGGGUCGUACUUCCACUCAGCGGUCCUCGGCUGAUCCGGUUUGGAACGAGCAGAUUGUCUUCACCGAGAUGUUUCCGCCGCUGUGUCAAAGAAUGAAGAUUCAGGUUUGGGAUGAAGGAAGUAUGAAUGACGUUGCCAUAGGAACGCAUUACUUUGAUCUCAGACGAAUCUCCAACGAGCAGGAUGGAGACCGGGGUUUUCUACCAACAUUUGGACCUGCCUGGAUCAACUUAUACGGCUCCUCCAGAACCCAGACUCUGGGAGAUGAUACGAUAGAACUGAAUGAGGGCAUUGGAGAAGGAGUGUCAUUUAGGGGACGUAUCUACAUUGAGUUGGUAGUGGAAAUCCUCUCUGGGGGUUUAGAGUCAAAGCAGAGCAUAAUCAGAAGCAUGAAAGAUGUUAAAUCUGGAAAAGCCGAAGCAGAUGGAGCACCGGCAGCCGCCACUGGGGGCAGCACUGAGGAGGGCAGGGCAGAGGCUCAGUCCCUGGAACCUCCCACGAAGAUUGAAGAAAAUGAGAAUUUUUAUCUUUUUGGAGCUUUGCUUGAGGCUUCUAUGAUUGAUCGAAAAAUUGGAGAAAAGCCAAUCAGCUUUGAGUUCUCGCUUGGCAAUUUUGGAAAUGUGUUUGAUCCGGCGUCUCCGGCCGCUGCGUCUGCCCCGAGUUCUGCCCUGGCUCGCAGGAGGAAGGCUCUGAACGUCCCGACGGACACUGACCUUUUGCGCUUCUCCUCCAGCGGAUCUCAGACACCACUUCUGUCCAAACAGCCUCCAGACCUUUCCAGGAUCUGCAAGUCUGCUACUCCCCCAGAAAAGCCACACUUAGUUGAAGGCAACAGGCACUACAUGUAUCUGUCUCUGGACAAGAAGAAGCCGUGUGUAAACCUGAUCAGUCAGUGGGAGGGGAGGACCUACCGACUCUACGUCUCCAACAUGCUGGAGGGCAUCGCCAUCCAGUUUGAGGAGGGCUUGGUCACUGUCACCGAGUCUCUGCGGAAAUCUGAUCCCAGAGUGAACUCUCAGCUCCGAGUCGUCCUUGUAGAGUUUUGUUCAGACGCCAGGGAGUUCAUAGCUACAGCAGACGCCAUGGUCAGAGCUGAGGGGAAGUCGGACUAUCUGACUCUACUGGACAAGAAGCGGCUCACCAUGUGCAAGCAAGAGCUGCAAAGUAUGGUUGAGGAAGCAAUGUCUCUCUCCUUGAGAUUGAGAAAAAGUGACAUCAUUAAAGAAAUGCUGAGAGAGGCCAAAAAACUUACACAGAAAAUAAGAUUUCUUGUGGAAGAGCCUCAGCACACGGUCCCAGACCUGUUCAUCUGGCUGCUCAGCAAUAACAAACGGAUUGCAUAUGGCCGCGUGAAAGCUCGAAGCAUCAUGUACUCCAGCAGCGCAGAGACCUGCGGCAUCGACUGUGGCAAGACGUCUUCAAAGAAAAACAUACUGAGCUUGUCAGUCCUGGCAAAGAUCGAUGUUUACCUGUGGUUUGGAGUCUUCUCUGACGCCUGGCACAUGCUGGACAACCUGCCUCCGGGGUUAAGUGCAGGGGCCCCUGUGGACCCCAACCACCCACCGCUGCAUCUGGACGUCACAGGUGUGGACUUUUGGGCUAUCUCCCUUCCCAUUUGUAUCAAACUGAGAUGGUUAGGGUUAGGAUGUGGUUUUUGA